AUGGGAAUCACUGUGGAAAUAGCUUGUAGACGAGAUUAUUCAUUUGAUUAAACAGCCUUUUUUAAGUGUUUAUUACCUAGAGAUUGUGAUUUUCAACUAGUAACGGAUUUUUUCACUUGUGUAAAAAUAGAAGGUAAAAUUUUGCCGUGACUUUAAAACAUUGGAUACCGGAGCGUCAAUUUGAUUCAACCUUGUAUGGAAACAGAGUGAUCGACUUGAACAAGCUGAACAUGAUGAUGACAAAUAAAACUGAUGACGGCUGAUGAGAUGAUAUUGAACGUUGUUACAAAAAAUAUUAGUUGAUGGAAACUGAUGAUGAUCAAAGAACCUUAAUAAUCCAAGGACAAAUCAAUGUUUAACCAUUACAGUUGAUUCUAUUUUCUGGUUAAUAGUGUGACCAUAAAUGAACUGGACCGAUUCAAUCCUGGUUAUGUGUAUUCCUACACAUUAAGUUAUGGAUUUUGAUAUGUUACUUGGAAUAUUCCCUGAGAUUGGUUACACCUUGUCACUGAGUCUAAUUCAAUUAUGGUUAAAUAGUCAGGAGAAAUAAAGAAUGUAUUGAUAAUCAAGAAAGUGGAGAGCAAGAAACAUGUGAAAGGGUGACAUAAAAAGCUAAUGAAAACCCUCACAACCAGUCAAUCUAACCUGUUUUCGGACUUGCAGAUGACCCUUUAAAGCUUACCUUCACCCUGAGUAUCUGUUUCACUAUUGAUCUUUCAUGUUUACAAUCUAAUGCUGUGUAACAAGGAUCAACCCUGGAUUGUAACCAACAUCUAAAUUAACAUGAAAACAACCUUAAAUAUCUAAUUAACCUGCCAAUAGAGCUCACACUUUCUGGAGAUGCCUUUUAUGCUGCCUUCGCUAUUUGAAACCUACAAAAAUUGAUGCUCUAAAUUGAUGAUUUAUACUUGAUUUUUACUUGUAAAUCAGCUGCAAACUCAAAGCGAGCUUUUAACGUUUCAUUUCCAAUUCUUUUAUUUUCCACUCAGUUUCCAUCGUUUGAUUGUGCCUUACUGUUUAUGAAAAAUAAUGUCUAACCAAUUCGACUCUCACCAGUAUUGAUAUUGAAAUACCUUUAAUUAACCAAAGCAACAUCAAGCCCUAAAGACAAUUCAACUCCAGUUGACACCUACAACACCAGCAGAACCUGCAACAUCAACAACAUCAACAACAUCAACAGGAACAGCAGCAGGAUCAACUUCACCAUUGCCAUUACCAAUAUCAUCAUAAUCAUUCUGUUUAUCUUUCUCAUGGUUGGCUCCUUCUUUUCUCUCUCCGUUUACCUUCUAUUCCUCUUUCUUCACCAUUGAUGAUUUUCCCUCUCUCACUUGUUCAUCUUGUUCUUCACGUUCACUGUUUCCUCUCUACUUUUCAAUUGAACCAACAAAUUUGUUAUGACAACUUAAAUUAUCCAGUUUCGCAGUCUUGAUUUUUCAACAUCUUCAUAUCACAUCACUGAAAUCUAACCAAUUCAACGCUGCUCAAUUCUUGUUGUUUUCACUUGCUGAUCAACUUUCACUAUUGCUUUUUUUCUUGUUAACUCUUGCUGUUCAGAAUAUCGCCUUUGGCAAGUAAAACUUUUCAACUUAGCUGGUAAUUAUGGUGAUAGAAUACAUUCCCAUCAUUUCUUAAUCUGCUACAACUUAUACCUCAAUCCGCUGGCUUUUCUUUGUGUGACAGUUUCAAGUUGUAAAAAUUUGUUUGUUUUUGAAAAGUUCGAACAGAUGAAUGGAAAAUGAUUCCUUGACUUAUUGCCUUGAUCAUCGAUAACCUCAUCCAAAUCAAGCCUGUCUCUUGAAAAAUGCCCUUAAACGGAAUAACAUCGUGAUUAUUUUCAACUGUAUAUUGUUUCUUGUUGACUGUUUUUAAUUUAUAUCUGUUUUCGCUUCACAAAUCAAUCCAGUCUUUGUUAAAAAGACAGAAAGUUUGGAUUUUUCAUUCCCUUUCCACAGACAAAACACGCUUUUUGUAAAAGUGACAAGUUAAUUGUGCUGCUACAUUGUUUUUUACUGGGAAAUACCUAAACCAUUUUAAGUUAUCGACAAAGAUCUAAUAUAAAAAUACAAAAUGACAUUGUUAGCAACUCGUAUCAUUGCUUUGAUUGUACUAUUUAGUAUAACCUUGUUAAUGGGAAUCGGUCCAGUUAUUUUAUUCCGAUUCUGGAAUCGUAAAAAACAAUCAACAACUCUUGAAGUCAGUGGACGAAAGAGGUCUUCAUCCAAAGGAAAUAUCCAGCAAUCAACAGCCAGUGCAAUCACACUUCAACUGCUAAUGUUUUUUGGCGGUGGAGUUUUACUUGCCACUUGUUUUGUGCAUCUAAUACCUGAAGUUAGAGAAAAUUUUGACCAUUUUUUCCAUUCCAAAGAAGGACAAGCAUCGUUUUUAGGUCCUAAAGCUUCAGCUCACCAUGAUCACUCCCAUGGAAGUGAACAUGACUCUCCAAGUGAACAUGAAUUUGACCCAGAACAUCACGAACAUGGUCAUGAUCAUGACCACGGAAAUGAGACAAAUGAAACCAUUGGAAUAAAUAAUGGAAGCUCGUCAUCGUAUGAUGAAAUAGAUUCAGCAGCUUCAUUAAAAGCGUCUACUGGUCACAAUCACAAGCAUAAAGUUCCAUAUGUUGAACUGGCCAUUUGUGGAGGCUUUUUCCUCAUAUAUUUCCUUGAAGAGUUUAUCCAUCUUAUAAUUGGAUCCAACCACCAUGAAAAGGAUGAUGGAGGAUCCAUUGACACAAGUUCAACCACAGUUAUUGACAAACCUGGGUCAAAUGGAACCGUUCAAAUGGCAUUUGAUUGUGAACCAAUACCUAAAGGUAGCCCACCUCAUCUUGUUUCUUGUGUAAAAAUUCCAUCUGCAUCUCCUCACUAUGGUACAAUUGGCUACGACAAUCACGGAAUCGAUUUGAAAGAAGACUCUAUGUACACAGGAUUCCGGCCAACUCCUAUUGAAGCAUUUAGUGAUGUUCGAGGAGACAUAAGUCCAACCUCGAGUUCUUUUGAUAUGCUGAAUAAAGCAAGUUCAUCAUCAUCAACUACAUCUUCAUCCAAUCUUGUACCUUUAUCAGUUCGCUUCCUCAGAGGAUUCGUUACCAUAGUGGCCUUUUCCGCUCAUUCAGUUUUCGAUGGUGUAGCUAUUGGUUUACAAAAAACAACCUCUCAGCUUUGGACAAUUUUCUUUGCUAUUUCAAUGCACAAAUUGGUUGUUGCCUUUGCCAUUGGACUGGAACUUUAUGAACAAACGUCGAGUCUUGCUUUAACCUGGAUCCACAUGAUUCUGUUUUCAAUAAUGUCACCCAUCGGUAUACUUAUUGUCAUCCUUACAGAAAGUGAAUUUUCAAGUCAAGAUAGUCCUGUAAUUAUUUUGUUAAGUGCCGUAGCAACUGGAACAAUACUUUACAUUGUUUUCUUUGAGAUUUUGCAAAGAGAUAGAUGUACAAAAAUUCCUGGUAUGAUCCAGUUAUUCAUCAUGGUCAUUGGCUUUGCCUGUAUGAGUUGCUUGACUCUGUUCAUCGAUCAUUAAAACAUCAUGAUGAUCAUUUUUUAACCAUCAUGAUGAUGCUGUUGUAUUUCUCUUCAAAUUUCUCUUUGCCUCUUCCUGUUCCUCCUUCUUUUCCGCAUUAUCCUUUAUCUUGAGUUUUAUUCUUUAUCAUGAUCACCAUCAUCAUCCCUAUCUUGUUUCCCUUCAUUCAACGACAUUCAACUCUAAAAGUAUACACAAUACGCCAAAGGGAUAUUUCUCUGAAACAAACUGGAUUCUUUAAUACUUGCUUUGCUCACCAUGAGAAACCAGGAUUUUGACCUAACCAAUGAGCUAAACGGGCCUCUACAAGUCUAACAGUAUUUUCAUCAUUUUAAUCAACAUCAACCAUCCUACGUAGGGAAAACAGCAUUCAUCUUUAGUGCUUCUUUUUCUUUCUUUAUUCUUCUGACCAAUUCUAAAUAUUAUCAAUGAUUUUUUCAUGACUGGACUCCGUUAACGUCAUCUAUUAUUAUUUCUUGAGUCCGGUUCAAUAAUCUGGUGGAGAGGACGACAAAUCAUUAAAAAGGAAGGACUGUAAGAUGAAAAAAGGCAAGAAAGUUGAAUAUGAGUUCUUUAAAAGAAACCUGUUGACUGAUUUGCUGGUGUUGGUGACUUUGACCGAGAGAGGACGAAACUCCGAAAAACUGAACUCUUAUUCACCUCCAGUUGAUGGCCAAAAUUAGUUUAAAUAUAUUAUUUAAUAAUAUUUUGCCAUACUUUUAAUCUUUCUGCGAGAUGGUUAAAGUGAUUUCAAUCAUGAUUUCACUAAAAAUUAAUGAGAAAAGAGAAAGUUUCCUGCAAAAGAGGGACCACGAAGCAAACUGUUUGAAGGAAGAAACUAAGAGGGAGAUUAAGAAGAUGAAGAAGAGAUGAAAAUGGUUCAUACUGUCACCAGGUAUGAAAUCGUAAUUGAGAUGCUUUUCAUUGAAGCAUGUAUCAUUUUUGCGUCUUUUCCCUUCUUUCCUCUCUCUUCUUCUUUUCUCUCCCAAUCUUAUCUCCUCGUUUGUUUUUUUAUUAUGAGUUAUUUUCGCACACAAUUAUUUAAAUGACUUUCUUUCAAAAUUGAGUGAACCAUAUCUUAGUCUUUCGCUUAACCGUGCAUAUACUGUAAGAAAUAUGAUUAAGGGAAGUUAAUGUCCACCUUUUGAUACUAUCAUGACAAUCAUAUUUUCGUAUUCCAUGAGCAAUUUUAAAUCAAUUGAACCCAAUGUUAUAUAUUUUUAGGUAUUUUGAUUGUCGAGCAAUUAUUUUAAGUCUCAUAAUAUUCAGACAAAUUGAUGGUUAGCCAAGUCGAUCACUGAUUAUGUAUAUAAAUAUUUCUAUCUAAUGAUGAUUUGGCCGAAAAUUUAAUGAGCCAACCUCCAAUGGAAAGGAUUGCACUUUUAAAGAAAUGAACGCAAUUUUUGGAUUAUCACCACAAUCAUCAUAACCAUCAUCAUGUUCAUGUUCAUCCAACUUAAUUUAAUUUUAACCUUUUUGAUUAACCGCACAACAAAUCAAAAAGUUAAUGUAUUUUUACUUAAUUGUUUAGUUUUUCUUCACCUUUUACAUUUUUACCUAUUAGACCGAGAAAACUAGCAUUAAUUGAGUAUAAAAAUACAACUUUUACCAUGAAGCAUAUUUUUAUCUCUCAUUCGAGCUUAAAUUAAAAUCAAUUUGGCGCUGAAAUCUUUUAUCAGAUACUUCAAAAGGAAUCCAAACGUAUCUGAUAUCAAAGUAUUUUGAAAAUUUUUCCAUCAAAAGCCAUUUUAAUUACCAAAUGAUCAAACUCUUAAUUGUAAUGACCAAAUAAAUUAUUUACUUUUAAAA